CGACUGUGAAGGAUUUUGCAAGGAUACAAAGUAUUAUGGAGGCCGCCUUCACGGAGAAAGACUCCUAUGCUCAGCAUUUUGUCCCAAAAGAUUACGUGGAAAUGUAUUAUUCCUUUUGUCCUGAGACAGAAGAUAAAAACAGCCUGUUAGUCUUUGGUCUGAACACUCUCCACAAGGCUUUUCACUCGGGUGGCCUUAAAGGAGACACCCUGAUUGAUAUCGGAAGUGGACCCACCAUCUACCAGCUCCUCUCGGCCUGCGAGUCCUUCCGAGAGAUCAUCGCCACAGAUUAUACCGACCAGAACCGGGAGGAGAUGCAGCGGUGGCUGAGGAAGGAACCGGGAGCUUUCGACUGGAGCCCACUGGUGAAAUAUGUCUGCGAGCUGGAAGGGGACAGGGAAAGGUGGGCCCAAAAGGAGGAGAAGGUACGAAGAACCGUCAAGCAAGUCCUGAAGUGUGAUGUGACCCAGCCCAACCCUCUGGCCCCGCUCUCUUUCCCUCCAGCUGACUGUCUGCUCUCCACCUUGUGCCUAGAAGGGGCUUGCAAAGACCUGCCCACCUACCGUUCUGCUCUGAAGAACAUCAGCUCCCUUGUGAAACCCGGAGGGCAUUUAGUCUUAUUGGUCAUCCUGGAGGAAACUUACUACAUGGUUGGCCAGCACAAGUUCUCUUGCCUCUACUUGGAUCAGGAAUCUGUAGAAGAAGCUGUGAAAUCAGCUGGCUUUGAUAUUGAGUGGUUGGAAGCGACCAAGCUCAGCCUCUCAGGGACUUUGUAUGAUGCUAAAAAGGCCUGUGUUCUGGUUGCACAGAAACACUGA